AUGCGCGCACAAGUGGUCACCUCUCCUCUAGAUCAGGCUUGCACCCGUACCCACCAUGCGUAUCACGGAGACCAAGACUACGACAACCACCACAACGCCCCCGCGCUCUCAAUCGGGUCAUCAAAGCUCAAGUCCACUGCCUCAUUGGCAGCUCGCCAUGGACCUGCAACUCCACUCAUCGCCGUCGAUCCCUCGCCUCCGGCGUCAGUCAGCUCUUCCGUACCGUCUUCGCAUUUGAGUUCGAGCCCCCCUCGAGAGGCCAUCCCUCAGGACGUCGUGCACCAAAGCGUGGAACGGGUGCGCGCUUGGAUGGACAACAACUCCGCGAGGACCCAUACUCCCCGCCGCUCUCCUCCACGGCCCCUUAACCGGAUCAGAUGCCCUACCCCCGAGCAACUUCCUCCGCGUCCUCGAUACGCACAGAAGUCUUACGUUGUUUACCGCGGGCUAGAGACUGGGAUUUUCUAUUCCUGGUACCAAGCCAAUGAGCUUGUGUCGGGCGUUGGCCACGCGACCCACAAGAGCUUUUAUGACCAUGCCCAAGCUGUUCGCGCAUAUCGCAAGGCUUGGGCGGCUGGCAAGGUGUAUGCAGUGAACCGCCGGGGGGUAUCUACAGGUUGGAAUAGAUAA